CCCCCCCAACUCCAAAAUCCCAAUCUAGGGUUUUCGAUUUCCAAAAUGUUACUAAAAUUAAUCUCAAUUUUGUUCUUUUUUAUCUCAAUUUCCUCGAUUUCAGUAGAAUCAAGUUGCAGCAGAGGCUGCGAUGUAGCCUUAGCGUCGUACUACGUUUGGCAAGGAGCAAACUUGACCUUCAUAUCAGAGGUUCUUCAAUCGAGCCUUGUACCUUUCUCGACAAUUAAUUUUGACGAGAUCCUCAGUUACAACAAACAAGUUGCGAACAAAGACAGCGUCGAAGCUUUUAGCAGACUCAACGUUCCUUUCCCUUGCGAUUGCAUCAACGGAGAUUUCCUUGGCCACGAGUUCAACUACUCAAUUAGGUCACGUGACACGUACGACAAAAUCGCUACCGAAUAUUAUUCGAAUUUGACGACGGUUGCAUGGCUGGAGCAGUUUAAUACCUAUCCGCCGACGAAUAUACCGGAUACUGGGACGGUUAGAGUGGUGGUUAAUUGUUCGUGUGGGGAUGCUGCUCUUUCGAAGGAUUACGGGUUGUUUGUUACGUACCCGCUCCGACCCAAUGAGACUUUGGAUUCUGUGUUGACUCAGUCAAAUCUGUCAUCGGAUUUGUCGGGAUUGGUGCAGAGUUACAACCCCGGGGUGAAUUUCAGCUCAGGGGCUGGCUUGGUGUAUAUUCCGGGCAGAGAUGCUGAUGAUAGUUUUCGUCCCCUCAAAUCGAGCACAGGAAUUUCAGUUGGAGUUAUCGCUGGGAUAUCUAUAGCAGCCAUAGUGGUAUUGCUGUUGCUGGGAGUUGGUAUGUAUAUUGGAUUUUUCCGAAAGAAGGUAAAGGGAACAACAUUGCUUUUGACAGCCUCCUCAGAUUUUUCAGCUCAAGCUGGGAAUGUUUAUGGAAGUAAAGCAGCAGAACCAACCGCAGCUGUUGCUGCUACUCCAGGCCUCACUGGCAUUACUGUAGACAAAUCAGUUGAGUUCUCAUAUGAAGAACUUGCCCAGGAGACUGAUAAUUUCAGUAUGGCUAACAAGAUUGGUGAAGGUGGCUUUGGGGCUGUUUACUAUGCAAAUCUGAGAGGCGAGGAAGCUGCAAUCAAGAAGAUGGAUAUGCAGGCAUCCAAAGAGUUUCUUGCUGAAUUAAAGGUUUUGACACAUGUUCAUCACCUGAACCUGGUGCGAUUAAUUGGAUACUGUGUUGAAGGCUCUCUUUUCCUAGUUUAUGAAUACAUUGAGAAUGGCAAUCUAAGUCAGCAUUUGCGAGGCUCAAGCAGGGAGCCACUUCCUUGGUCUACUCGAGUGCAAAUUGCCCUUGACUCAGCCAGAGGUCUUGAAUAUAUCCAUGAGCAUACUGUCCCUGUUUACAUUCACCGUGACAUUAAAUCAGCUAAUAUAUUGAUAGACAAAAACUUCCGUGCAAAGGUGGCAGAUUUUGGGUUAACAAAACUGACAGAAGUUGGAAGUGCAUCGCUACCCACACGUCUUGUUGGGACAUUUGGAUACAUGCCACCCGAAUAUGCGCAAUAUGGUGAUGUUUCUGCUAAAGUAGAUGUAUAUGCUUUUGGGGUUGUGCUUUAUGAGCUUAUUUCUGCUAAAGAAGCUAUUGUCAAGGCAAAUGGCUCUAUUGCUGACUCGAAGGGUCUUGUUGCUCUGUUUGAGGAUGCUCUUAACGGGCCUGAUUGUAAAGAAGAGCUUUGCAAACUAAUAGAUCCAAGGCUAGGAGAUAAUUACCCACUUGACUCUGUGUUCAAGAUGGCUCAACUUGCCAAAGCAUGUACACAAGAAAAUCCUCAGCUACGACCAAGUAUGAGGUCUAUAGUGGUUGCCCUAAUGACUCUUUCAUCCUCAACAGAGGAUUGGGAUGUUGGUUCUUUCUAUGAAAAUCAAGCUCUUGUCAACCUUAUGUCAGGACGAUAAACCAAACGCGUUGGAAAAGAGAAGUAAUACAACCAUGAGCAAUGGCACAAUAGCAGCAUGCCCUAGAAGGGCAUCAACAGUCAACACUACAACUAUGGCCGAAGACACAAACAGAGACAAUAAAAAAUUAAUUUGGACCCCUAAAAAGUUAGAAGGUUCUGGCUCUGAUGAAGUAUUCAGCUUCCAUCUAGUUCAAAAAAGUUGUAUGGGCAUCAAUCAUCAGCGUUAGAACUCUUCAAUACAACAAACAGUUAUUUAUUUAUUUUUAUUAAAGAUCUAACAAUUGCUCUCUUCCCAUAUUGUGUAAAACAACAGAAUCAAUAGUAGAGGCGUGGAAUAUGACGUU